CACACAAAGCACUUUGUUUAUUUAUUUAUUUAUUUGUUUUCAAUUUUUACGGGGUCUUCCUUUCUUUGCUGGUUUCCCUUUAUCUGACUCAGAGCCGCAUAGAGAAAGAGAGAGUGUUGGCAAUGUCGAAGUCUCAGGCGGGCAGUGGCGGGGGCGCACCGAAGACUGCGUGGGUGCUGCCGUACCGAACAGAGAACCUGAGGGAGGUGUACACACUGGGGCGGAAGCUGGGUCAGGGGCAAUUCGGCACGACCUUUCUCUGCACGCACAACGCCACUGGUCGCACCUUCGCCUGCAAGUCAAUCCCCAAGCGGAAGCUUCUGUGCAAGGAGGACUACGACGACGUUUGGAGGGAGAUUCAGAUAAUGCACCAUCUCUCCGAACACCCUAACGUGGUGAGGAUCCACGGCACCUACGAGGACACCUCCUCCGUCCACCUCGUCAUGGAGCUCUGCGAGGGAGGCGAGCUCUUCGACAGGAUCGUUCAGAAGGGCCACUACAGUGAGCGCCAGGCCGCCAACCUCAUCAAGACCAUUCUUGAGGUUGUCGAGGCUUGUCACUCCCUUGGAGUCAUGCACAGGGACCUCAAGCCCGAGAACUUUCUCUUCGACACUGUUGAGGAAGAUGCCAAGCUUAAAACCACCGAUUUUGGCCUCUCUGUCUUUUAUAAGCCAGGUGAGACCUUCUGUGACGUUGUUGGAAGCCCGUACUAUGUUGCCCCAGAGGUGCUGCGUAAGCAUUAUGGACCUGAAUCAGAUGUUUGGAGUGCUGGUGUUAUUUUGUACAUCUUAUUAAGUGGGGUGCCACCAUUUUGGGCUGAAACUGAGCAGGGGAUUUUCCGACAGAUUUUACUAGGAAGACUUGAUUUCCAGUCCGAGCCAUGGCCCAGCAUUUCAGACAGUGCCAAGGAUCUUAUUCGAAAAAUGCUUGAUCGGAAUCCAAAAACAAGGCUUACAGCUCACAAAGUACUCUGUCACCUAUGGAUUGUUGAUGACAACCUUGCACCAGAUAAACCUCUUGAUUCUGCUGUUUUAUCACGCCUAAAGCAGUUCUCUGCAAUGAACAAACUUAAAAAGAUGGCUUUACGUGUUAUUGCGGAGAGGCUCUCUGAGGAAGAAAUUGGUGGUCUGAAGGAGUUAUUUAAGAUGAUCGAUGCAGAUAAUAGUGGAACUAUAACAUUUGAUGAGCUAAAAGAAGGGUUAAAGCGGGUGGGAUCUGAUCUAAUGGAGUCUGAAAUCAAGGAUCUAAUGGAUGCAGCAGAUAUUGAUAACAGUGGGACACUUGACUAUGGUGAAUUCAUUGCUGCUACGGUUCACUUGAAUAAGUUGGAGAGGGAGGAAAAUCUGGUGUCAGCUUUCUCCUAUUUUGACAAAGAUGGAAGUGGUUACAUAACCAUUGAUGAGAUACAACAGGCUUGUAAGGAUUUCGGUUUGGAGGAUGUCCAUAUUGAUGAAAUUGUCAAAGAAAUUGAUCAAGACAACGAUGGACAGAUAGAUUAUGGGGAAUUUGCUGCCAUGAUGAGAAAGGGCAAUGGAGGAAUCGGCAGGCGAACCAUGAGGAGCACCCUCAACUUCAGAGAUGCUCUGGGAAUUAUAGGACAUGGGUCUGAUGAUUAAAUAAUUGUACCUUAAAAUAAUUAUUUGGUGAUGAAAUUUUGAACAAGAAAAACUUUGGUGAGUAUGGACAACUUGAGUAGCCUGACCAAAA